AUGCCUGAAACUAGACAAGCAACAGCUUCUCAGUCAGCCGAGCUUCGAACCGACAUGAGGGAAACAAUGCGAAGUGAACUAAACGACUUUUUUCGGUCGAGUGAAUUUAAAGAAAUCUUAUCCAAAGCAGUGUCUACUCUCGUUGAAGAAUCUGUCCAACAAGCCACAAAACCUCUUUUGGAAAAGAUAGAAGCAUUGGAAGCAGAACUAACAAAUGUCCGUGUUCAAGCAAACGAAAACGAGCAAUAUUCCCGAAAGUAUAAUUUAAGAAUCGUUGGUCUGAAUGAAAACGAUGGCGAGAAUUGCGUUGGAGAAGUAAUUAAGCUCUGUAAAGAAAAGUUGAACGUUAAUGUGGACGAGAGGGAUAUCGAUCGUGCACAUCGUCUUGGUCCGAAAGCGCUUAGCGGGAGAUCAAGAACUGUAAUUGUAAAGUUUAAAUCGUAUGGUGCAAAGGCGGAAAUCUGUAGGCAACGCAAACUUUUGAAAGGUACACAAUACUAUAUUAACGAAGAUUUAACUAAGUUCAAUAUUGAAUUGCUUAAUUAUGCCCGUGAUCAGAAAAGUUUUAUUAAAUCAGCUUGGUCUGCAGAUGGAAAGAUUUUAGUACGCAACUUGGAUGAUAAAAUUACUCGAAUUUGUCAAUUCAAUGAUUUCUUGAAGUUUAACCUAACCGAUCCAUCUUACUGA